UAAAUCGCGUCUCCCCUUCAUCUCAGCGGUUUGGCUUGGAUUUCGAUUCAAAUCGUCUCGUCUGGUUCUGGGAUCGCUUUUUAUCUUCUCUCUCGAUUAGGUAAUUUUAGUCUCUUGAUCGGGUGGUGAUUGCAGUUGGUCGGAUCUGCGAGUUACUUGAACAGCGAUGGCGGAGGAAAAGUACAAUCUGAAGAAUCCCGCGGUGAAGAGGAUCCUUCAGGAGGUCAAGGAGAUGCAGUCCAAUCCUUCUGAUGAUUUCAUGAGUCUGCCUCUCGAGGAGAAUAUAUUUGAAUGGCAAUUUGCCAUCCGCGGACCCAGUGAUAGUGAAUUCGAAGGUGGGAUUUAUCAUGGACGGAUCCAGUUGCCAGCUGAAUAUCCAUUCAAGCCACCUUCAUUCAUGUUGUUAACCCCAAACGGGCGCUUUGAAACCCAAACAAAGAUUUGCUUAAGCAUAUCAAAUCAUCAUCCUGAGCAUUGGCAACCAUCGUGGAGCGUUCGCACUGCCUUAGUUGCAUUAAUUGCUUUUAUGCCCACAAACCCAAAUGGAGCUCUCGGUUCCUUGGACUACAAGAAGGAAGAAAGACGGGUGUUGGCGAUCAAAUCUCGAGAAGCACCCCCCAAAUUUGGCAGUCCUGAACGUCAAAAGCUAAUUGACGAGAUUCAUGAAUAUAUUCUGAGUAAGGCGCCACCCAUCCCUCAACCGAGUCCUUCAGAUGCUGAUGUCCAGGUAACUUCUGAACCCGCUGAACUUGCAGCUGCAGGGGAAGAGCUGCAGAAUCCUCCCGCAGGCGACAGGAUCGUCGAGGAGGCAGUACCAGAGGAGGUAACCACAAAUGCUAAUCCCCAGCCAGAAGUGGUGAGAGUAGCAAGAGAGGUGCCAUCUAGUCGCGCUGCCACUGCUCAGGUGCAGAUGAGGGCGGAGACGAGGGUUCCUAAACCAGCCGACGACCGAUUGUUCACAUGGGCUGCUGUUGGUCUCACUCUUGCAAUUGUGGUUCUUUUGCUGAAAAAGUUCAUGAAAGCAAGCGCUCAUGGGUCAGUGUUCAUGGACGAAUCUUAGAUUACAGAAAUACGUUUGUGGUUGAUAGCCUGCUUUGUGAGGCAUAACAGUCGUAUAUGUAUUAUUAGUUUUAGCGUAAAUUUAAAUGACUUAUCAUCAUUCGACAGGGAAAAAGCAAUCCUUUGUUUGUGAUGCUGCCUUCUCCAUUAUUUGUAGUUAAAAAAUAACACAUAAGCAAAAUCUGCUUGGCUUAAAGAGUGAACCUAUAAAUACAAACCUUUUUAUCUCUGAGUUUUUAA